AUGGCAACAGGAGGUGGAGAAACAGGGACAGCACAGCGCAUUUUGCGCAUUACAGAUAUUGCUCAGGAGCCACUUCAGUUUAUUGCGCCCUUUGGUGGCUAUGAAGAAAUGCCAGUUGUUUCACUUGAAGAAGCUGUUGACUCGCUCGUUCCUCUUCUACCAGCUGUUCAAAGUCAUGCUUAUGUUGCCAAACAAAGAUGUGAGAAUCCUGCCGAUGGAUUGACACAAGAUGAAUCGGCCUCAAUUAUGCUGUACACAAUGGGGUGGGAGCCAAUCAAUAAAUGCCUAUAUUUCGCUUUGAAUAAUAUAUUACGAUCACCUGAACGACAACAAAAACUUAGGCCAUGCUAUUUGUUUAUGAGACUUUUUCUCAGCGUACUUCUUCGUCUUCCGGCGCUUCCUAAAAUUGCAUACAGAGGAGUAAAAUUAGAUUUGAGCAAGCGUUACAUCGAAGAAAAAACAAUCGUCUGGUGGGGUUUCUCAUCGUGGACAACUACUGUUGGUGCUAGAGAUAUUCGCCAACAUUCGUAUUAUCCAGUCGAAGAUGAAGUACUUCUUAUGGCUGUAACUCAAUUCAAAGUAGUCGGUUGUCUUGAUCAAGGAAACCUUCACAUUGUUCAAUUGGAAGAAAGUCGUCCUCCAUUUCCACUGCUACAACCAGUACCUAUUGCUGUUCCAUCAUCUGUUAAUCCAACUCCCUCAAGUAAGGGAAAAUGA